AUGAGGGCUCUGUUCCGCGUCUACUUGGUCAAGCCACAGAUUAUAAGGAUGUCCCACAGGGCGAUACUUCUUAAGUUUUUGAAUGUUUUACUAACCGAUGGUCUUCAAAUAUCACUGGGAGUCAUCGUGGGUCUCAAAGGAUCGGGAGACUUUUUAGGGAUCAUUAUGCAGUUCUUUAUGUCAGCUGUUAUGACCGUAUCCAUUAGCCAGUAUUAUCUAGUAAUGCUAUUUAUUCGGACGCAAUACCUCAUGCUCAACUCGGAGCUACGAGGUUUGAUCGAGGAGACCCGAGCACUGAGCUACCGCCCACGUCGCAAUGGAGUUAUGACUAAGUGUUGCGAGCUGUCGGAUCGAUUGGACGACAUUGCCCAACAGCAGGCCGAGAUCCAGUCACUUGUGAUCAGCACGGAAAAUGCAUUUGGAGUGCAGGGACUAUUUAUGUACAUUGGAAUUAGGCCAAUAUCUGCCGACUACAUGACUACAAUUUAA